GCGGAAGGGUGCUCCCCUGUUCAGGUGGAGCCCGGGGGGAUUUGGUCCCCGAGCAGCUCUGGCUUUCGCUCACCGGUCCCGCCGAGGCAGGAUUCCCGGGAGCUAGCUAUGUCAUCAGAAGUCCUGCUGGUGUCUGCUCCAGGGAAAGUCAUUCUUCAUGGAGAGCAUGCUGUGGUCCACGGCAAGGUAGCUCUGGCGGUGGCCGUGAACUUAAGAACAUUCCUCCGGCUUCAGCCCCACAGCAAUGGGAAAGUGUGCCUUGACCUACCGAACAUUGGCAUCAAGCGGGUCUGGGAUGUGGCCAGGCUUCAGCUACAGGACACAAGCUUUCUGGAGCAAGGUGACGCCUCGGCACCCACCGCAGAGCUAGUGGAGAAGCUGAAGGAGGUGGCAGCCUUCCCCAAAGACUGUGCCGACCCCGAGCGUGCGGCCGUGCUGGCCUUCCUUUACUUGUACCUGUGCAUCUGCCGGAAGCAGAGGACCCUGCCCAGCCUGGACAUGAGGGUGUGGUCCGAGCUGCCCACUGGGGCCGGCCUGGGCUCCAGUGCCGCCUACUCCGUGUGUGUGGCCUCCGCUCUCCUGACCGCGUGCGAGGAGAUCCCAAACCCGCUGAAGGACGGCGAGCCUGCCAGCAGGUGGACAGUGGAGGACUUGGAAUUAAUUAACAAGUGGGCCUUCCAGGGGGAGAGAGUGAUUCACGGGAACCCCUCCGGAGUAGACAACGCUGUCAGCGUUUGGGGGGGAGCACUCCGAUACCAGCAAGGAAAGAUUUCGCUCCUAAAGAGGCUGCCGGCUCUGAGGAUCCUGCUGACCAACACCAAGGUCCCUCGCAGCACCAAGGCUCUCGUGGCCAGCGUCAGGAGCAGGCUGCUUAAGUUCCCAGAGAUCGUGGCGCCCGUGCUGACCUCCAUAGAUGCCAUCUCCCUGGAGUGCGAGCGGAUGCUGGGGGAGAUGGUGGCUGCCCCCGCCCCGGAGCACUACCUGGUGCUGGAAGAGCUCAUCGACAUGAACCAGCACCAUCUGAACGCCCUCGGCGUGGGCCAUGCCUCCCUGGACCAGCUGUGCCAGGUGACCAUGGCCCACGGACUGCACAGCAAGCUCACUGGCGCGGGCGGCGGUGGCUGUGGCAUUACGCUCCUCAGGCCAGGUUUGAGGAAUAACCAGGACAUUGUCAUCACCCGCUGUCACCUCUUGAUGCGGCCAAGAUGGGGACUGACCUUGCUACAAAACCGAGGGCUUUCUUCCCCCGCCCCCCAGUGUCUGGGGAAAGAGCAAGGCCGGGUAACGGUACCCGGGGCCGGGGCCGGCUCGGUCACCACACCGCACCUGCCCUCGGGACCUGGCACUCAGUGCUCCCGCCUGCGCGGCCUUCCCUUUGCCCCCUGCUUCUGGUCUUUCCCCUCCUUUACCUUCUCUUCCUCCCUGUUUUUCUCCCACCGUUGCCCACUGCUCUGUAGUAAGCCCACAGUGGCCCCAACCACCCCCCUCGCUCUCAGCGUGGCCCCAGACCUCAGGAAGUCACUGUGGCCUACAGCCGACUUUGACCGUUGGCUCCUCGUUCACGGUCAGUGACGAUGAUGAGGGAGAACACUUCUGGGGCGUGUACCGUGUACCAGGCAGUGUACCCGGCGCCUUCCCUGCCUUUCCUCAUGGAAGCCUCUCAGUAACCCUUGGGGAGUAGUAAUCACUAUUGGCCCCCUUCCCAAAUGAGGAGACCGAGGCUCAGAGAAGGGAAGCCGCUUGUCUGGGGCCCCACGGCUGGUACGCGGUGGGGCCGGGGCCAUGUGACUCGGGGCCCGUGACUUUACCUGUUGCUCCGUGCCCACCGCUGCCCCCUCCCCCAGAGGGUGCAAGGCUCCACAUUCCAAUGGGAAGACCUGUCCCGGGCCUUUUC